AUUUGAUAAUGUUGAGCUGAUGUAAAAUUCUGCCGACUUGAUUUAUCUGCUUCUGUUGCCUACCCUUUUCCAACCUUCCUAUCCCUCUAAGCUCCUAAACCUUUCCAGGUAUAGGAGCCGAGCUGCUCAAAGCUGCGUUCCCUUUAGCGGCCAGCGGCUUUAUACCAGCUGUAACCGGCAUUAUCGCAACCGGACACAUGCAGAAGGAGGCAGAAAAGCUGGGCUUCCAAAAAUUCAAUGAGAUAUAUUAUGUUAGGUAUCUUAUUAAUAAUGAGGGUUUAUGAAAGAGAUGCUGACAGCGGCUAUAGAUUUAUGCGUGAACGCCCACAUUCCCGCCAUCUCCGGGAUCUUCACCACUAGCCGUUUGCACCAGGUCGCUGAGGAAAUUGGUUUUCGCAAGUACCAUGAGAUAUACUACAAGGACUAUAAAGUAGAUGAUAAGGUAGCCUUCGAAGACGUUGGCAUUGGCAACCAUGGGUCAGCAUUAAUGGCAUACCGCAUCCCUAAUGUGGAGGAACUACAAGAGGUGGAGGUACAGCACUCGUCGCGCUUCAAUAUCCAGACCCUCGACGAGGGGUCCGAACCCACGCCAAUGCCACAAAAUGUGUAGGAGGUUGUCUGAAAUUAAGCCAAAGUCUACUACCUACUGCCUACUCCACCUAGUCUAAAGGGGCCCACAGAUUACCAGUUUGCCGGACGAUAUCAGCCUGUCAGUUGUUCAGAACUGUCACAUUUUGCGUUUAACUGACAGGUUGAUAUCGUCCGGCGAACUGGUAAUGUGUGGGCCCCUUACAUGCUUUAAUUGACCGCAGAAGACGAGACGUAACAUAAAACUGUAUAUAAAGCAAUGUAGAAGUGUUGACAAAAUGGUCUAAAUAAUUUGUCGUUACAUAAUUUUUGUGAGGGUGUUGUCGACGCGAUAUAGUUAGUGACUACACCUUUGUAACUCAGAAUUCAUAGGCCCGAAUGGAAACAGGUAACGUUAGAAGACAUCGAAAGUGGAAAUCAUGGGAAAGCAUUAGGGCAACAUUAAAGGCGUAUCGCAUACCAAAGGGGGAAAACUACAAGAUCUCGAAAUAUAGCACUCGCCGCGGUUUAGCUUCUCGGCCGUGUAACAAGGGGUCAGAGUUAGUUGUACCAUCGUAGACACAACUGACAAUUCGUAAACCUUAUUAAAAAAGGUCGACCGAUGGACAGUUGUUAAUAGUGGUGCUGUUUGUACAGCCGACGUAUAAUAAUGGAUGUGCAAGUUGUGCAAAUAUAGUUUCCCAUAGCAAAUUAAGUGUCCUAGAUUUGGCAUUGUUAAAAAGUUUCGCAUUUUUAGAAACGACAGUAUGGUUUUCAUUAUAUAACUAGACUUUUGACCUAAUUUUAAACAAUAAAUCUACGUUUACUUCUACUUAUAGAUUGUUCAAAGUUUGGUCACAGAUCUUGCCUUGUGCUUUAUUUCAUUCUAAUGUUUUUUUAAAUGAUAUUCUACUGAAAAAUAUAUAUUGUGAAAGCCUGACCAGGAAUAUAUGAUCACGCGCCAUGUUGCAGAAUUUCACUGAAACUAUUUUUUUUCAUAAUAUACCGAACUGUCACCCUUUACAUGAGAAUAACAGCGCCCACUUGACAAUGAUCAUAUUACUGGUCAGGCUUUAUAUUAUGUUGUGAUGAUAAAAACUGUUAUGCGAGUCGCAUUGUUUGGCUUUGAUUGUUUGUUUAAUUGGAAUAACAAACGCUUUGCCGGCACUCGUCACGUGUACACAAAAUGCGGAAUAUUCUUGUUUCAUGUUAAAUUAUAUCCGGUAUUUAUUUUGGUUAGUUUUUGAAUAAACAUGAAUGAAAGUGGCGUGA